CUAUCCAGCUUGUUUUAGAUGUUCCUCUGCUCUUCAGCAGGUUAAUCACUUAUUCCUUCAACUCAGACAGAGAAACAACUAAAACAUGCAGGACAGUGACCCUCAAGCACCAGGAUUGGACACUACUGGUUUACAUGUUCCAUGUAGCUGUCUGAAUGACCUCGGUUUGGAUAAAUAUAUGUUUUUUUUUAAACUUAUUCAAAGUUUUUGCUUUAUUCAAAACUUCCUAAUGGAUCACACAAACAAUAAAUAAACUUUUACACCACAGUCAGUUUUUUAUUAGUUAUUCUUGUUGAAACAUUAGAAGAUUCCUGCUGGAACAGACCCCCAGGCUGCACCUAACAUGCUACACUUUGCUGCUGCUGCCCUUUGUACUUGAAAUAACUACAGAGUUGUCUGCAAAUAACCAUACACUGCAAAACUGAUGAUAAAAUCACUAGAGUACUUUAAGUAAACUAACAUAUUCACAGAACCCCGUUACUAAAAUGACCUUGUUGCAUCACGUCUGCAUCAUCAGUGGUCCCUGAAACUUACUUUAGUGAGGCAGCAUCCACAAUGCUCACAAACCAGGCAUGUAACGGUUCUUGUUUAGCUUUGGUACAUGCUGCAACCCAGAGAAAAUCCUUUCAUCUUCUUUGUAUGAACUAAUUGAGUUUGACAAGUCUUCAUUUAUAAUCCAUUAUCACGUGAUCCACACAAACCUGAGUCUCAUCCUCACUUUUAGAAAGGAUUUGUUGCAACCCAGAUCCUAAUGACACGUCUGCUCCUUUUGGCCUUUCGUUCUUUUUUGGAUUAUUUUAGUUUCUGCUGAUCAGCAGUAACCCUGUUGGAGGAACUGGCUUUUACUGACCACGUUUUAGCUUUUCUAGAUUUUAUUUAGUUAAGGAAAAGUUUCAGAGAAAGUUCUCUCAAACUGGUGAAUGUGAUGUAAGAAACAAUUUCAACAUUAGGGGAGUCGGAGAAACACCUUCCUACCAUGGGUCAGCGUCUGAGCGAGGACAGUGACCCGGACAAGGAAAUCGAUGUGGCGGAGCUGCAGGAAUGGUACAAAAAAUUUGUUGUGGAGUGUCCGAGUGGAACGCUGUUCAUGCACGAGUUCAAGAGCUUUUUCGGCGUUACUCAUAACAAGGAGGCUGCAGAUUACAUCGAAAACAUGUUUCGAGCCUUUGACAAGAACGGCGACAACACCAUUGAUUUUCUGGAGUACGUGGCAGCUUUGAACUUAGUCCUACGAGGAAAACUGGAGCACAAACUUAAAUGGACUUUCAAAAUGUACGAUAAGGACGGAAGUGGGUGCAUCGAUAAAACAGAACUUCUUGAAAUUGUGGAGUCUAUUUACCGGCUAAAGAAAGCCUGCCAUGGAGAACUGGAUGAAGAAUGUAACCUGCUUACUCCGGACCAAGUGGUUGAUCGGAUAUUUGAGUUGGUUGAUGAAAACGGAGAUGGUGAGCUCUCGCUGGAUGAGUUCAUAGACGGAGCACGGAGGGACAAGUGGGUGAUGAAGAUGCUGCAGAUGGAUGUGAACCCUGGGGACUGGCUCAAUGAGCGGAGACGCAGCGCAAACUUCUAAGACUGACUCCUCCAAAGGACGUGUGAUCAUUCACUCUGUGACUUUGUAUAAAAUGUAAAUAAACGUCAAACCGUCAUUUCACUUAAGAUGAUUUUAGAUAUAUUUCCAUCACAAUCUUGUUUUGCUUCUCUUUAACAUCAAGCUAUAGAGCUAAUGCAACAGUACUCUUCCUCUUAUUUUUUGCAUAUUAUGUAAAUGUAAGUUUAUUUAUGUAUUUUACACAUGCAGUAGUUGUAAAGCACUUACUAUAUUUUUUCUGUCAUAAAUCAAGUGUAACAGUUGUUUAAUAAAUCAACACACUAAAACUUUCA